AUGCGACUUUCCAUACUUCGUAGAGAUGAUGGUUGUGUAAGCUGCCCGCAAGCUGCACCAUGUCCAACAUGUGGACCCGAUGAGAACUGUGUAAUGACAGAGCUAACAUGCCAUUCCUGUCCCAAAACAUACUGUCAAAAGAAGAGCGGAUCUUCGCUAAAUAAUUCAACACAGUCACAACAUCAUUCUAACAGCGGUAAAAUUGUUGGUGGUGUAGUCGGUGGUGUUGUCGGUGGUGUUGUCUUCGGUGUUGCCUUACUACUGUUGUGGUUGUAUCAUCGUUACUGGAAGAGAAUUCUCAGAGAGAAGAAAGAUAGACUAGCCGAAUCAAGAGAAAUGUUUGGUGAAGAUGCUGACUUUGAUGACGAUGAUAGUGAUAGUGAAGAUGAUAGCGAAAAUGAUCACGGUGCAAGUGAAGAUGAAAUGAACGAUGCAGUCGCAGAGCUACCGCAUAAAUCAUCAGACGCUCGCAGCAGUACUAGAAACAGUACUGUCACAACUCAUACAAAGGCAAGUAAUAUUCUACCAAUCGCUUAUAUUCCCGGUGUUACAAGUAGACCACCAGGCGGUUCACGUCUAGGUAACAGCGAUGUGAGAUCUCAUAUUACACUAGGAUCAUCCAUUCUGGGACCUGAUGACGCGUCGAUGCAUUCACCAGCAGUUGCGAAUAGAAACAGUAACUUGAGUUUGAAUGCCAACCCUGCUCCUGUUCCUAACACAGAUGCAGUUCCUGAUCCAAACACAACCGCCAACACAGCUACUAAUGCCGAACCUGAACCUCGAGAUUUGACAACCGCUAUAAGAGCCAAGCCAAAACUAGUACAGAUUGAAGAAACACCAGAGGGUGAAGAAUUACCGAAUACAGAUUCCCAGAUACCAUAUGAGGGGCAUCAAGAACAUGAUCAAUACCAGGACGAAGAUCAAGAUCAAGAUCAGCAGAGUGACGCAGGAAGUGGUAGUUUCGUAUUAGACGUAGCAGGACCGGAGCCUCCUACUCGUACGGAAGAAAGCAGACCAACUAGCCCGUUUGAAGAUCCCCAGUAA